ACAACCCAAGGAACUCCCAAAGGAAUCUAAAAAGAGAAACUCUCUGAUUCUCUGUCAAAUUAGCUCUAAACUUGUAUGUGUAUUGAAUUCCUAAGUUGGAUCAAAGAAAUAAUGGGUAGUAGCCAAGAUCACAGCUUUUCCAAGAGAUGGAAGCAACUAAGCGGGCAGGAUGAGUGGAAGAACAUGCUUGACCCUCUCGACAUCGAUCUCCGGCGAUACAUCGUCCACUACGGCGGAAUGGCUCAGGCAACAUACAACGCCUUCAACUCAGAGAAAGCAUCCAAGUACGCCGGAAGCAGCUUAUACGCUAGGUCAGAUUUCUUCUCCAAGGUGGGUUUGGAGAUAGAUAAUCCAUACAAGUAUGAGGUGACCAAGUUCCUCUAUGCUACAUCUUCAGUGGACGUGCCUGAUGCUUUCUUAUUGAAGUCUUUGUCAAGGGAGGCUUGGUGUAAGGAAUCCAAUUGGAUAGGUUAUGUUGCUGUGGCCACUGAUGAAGGGAAGGAAGUUUUGGGGAGGAGGGAUAUAUUGGUUGCAUGGAGGGGAACUGUGCAGGCUUUGGAAUGGUUCAACGACUUGAACUUCAUCUUGGUCUCAGCUGAUCACAUAUGUGGGCCGGGUUCUGGCGAUGCUAAGGUGCAUCAGGGUUGGUACUCCAUGUAUACAUCAGAUGAUCCACGCUCUCAUUACAAUAAGUCCAGUGCAAGAGCCCAGGUGUUAGCUGAGGUGAAAAGCCUAGUGGAAAAAUUCAAAGAUGAAGAGAUCAGCAUAACUGUAACAGGUCACAGUUUGGGUGCAGCUCUUGCAACACUAAACGCAGUAGACAUGGUUGCCAAUGGAGUGAACAAGAGCAAGGAAGACAAUGCCUGCCUAGUCACUGCUUUCGUCAUCGCCAGCCCCCACAUCGGAGAUGCCAACUUCCAGAAGUUCUGUUCUGGAUUAGAUAACUUUCGACUAUUGCGCAUCCGUAACAUCCCUGACAUUGUCCCCAACUAUCCUCUCUUGGGCUACUCUGAUGUUGGACAAGAAUUGGCGGUCAACACUCAGAAGUCUGAUUACUUGAAGAGUCCUGGAAAUUUUUCAAGUUGGCAUAACUUGCAGGCAUACUUGCAUGGCGUCGCUGGAACACAAGGGAACAAGGGAGGGUUUAAACUGGAGAUUGGUCUUGAUGUAGCACUCAUGAACAUGUCGGAUGAUGUGUUGAAGGAUGAAUAUCUUGUGCCUGUUUCUUGGUGGGUUGAGAAGAAUAAGGGUAUGGUUCAAGUUGCUAAUGGUUCUUGGAAGUUAAUGGACCAUCAGGGAAACAUUGAUUUUGGGCUUUGAGUGUUCAUUUGAUAUAAUCUUUAGUAUGAUUUUGUUGUAAAUCAACUAAGUUCAUAAAAUGGCAGCGAAGUAUGAUGCUUCAGACCCCGUGAUCUCUUGGCCUCUUUUGCUGAGAAUGGAAUUGGAAAAGGAUGCAAUGCUACGUCCUCGUUACAAAUUUAUGUAAUAGUCUAUUUAUCUUUUCGACAUGAUUAUUUUCCUUCAAACUUUUUCCCUGUUGAUGGCAAUGCCAAAGGUGAGAAUCUAGUUCUUGAUAAUUUUCCUA